AUGGUCAGCUCCGCUGGGUUCCUUGCCAGCACCUGGCUUUUUGUGACUGGUGCUGUUGCUGCACCUUCAAGUGCGGCGACUACAGCACCUCCAGCACAGUUCACUGUACCUAACUCUGUCAAUUAUGGUGCAAAUUUGAUUGCCAACAUUGACGAUGCUACAGCCGUCAAUGCUCAGAAAGUUUGUCCCGGAUACACUGCAUCAAAUGUCCAAAAGACCGAGUUUGGCAUCACAGCUACGUUGAAACUGGCUGGUGCUGCUUGCAACGUAUACGGUACAGACGUCCAAUAUCUGAACCUGACUGUGGAACACCAGUCUGCGGACAGGCUGAACAUCAACAUCGUCCCAACUCACAUUGAUGCUUCAAAUCAAUCCUGGUAUUUGCUUCCACAAAACAUUGUGCCCAAGCCCACUGUUGAGCCGGCUACCGUGGGUGCUCAUAGCGAUCUUACCUUUAAUUGGUCGAAUGAGCCAUCCUUCAGCUUCAAGGUGACACGUAAGACCACUGGUGAUACUCUUUUCAACACGGAAGGAACGGUUCUUGUAUUUGAAGACCAAUUCAUUGAGUUUGUUAGCUCCUUGCCGGAGAAUUAUAACCUCUACGGGCUUGGUGAGCACAUCCAUAGCUUGCGACUUGGGAAUAACUACACAGUGACGACCUACGCUGCGGAUGUUGGUGAUCCAAUUGACCAAAACAUCUAUGGAACCCAUCCCUUUUAUUUGGACACCCGCUAUUACGAGGUUGAUGGCAAGAAUUAUAAGUUGCUUACUACCGAUGAGACCCAUAAUUCUAAGAAAUAUAAGUCUUUCUCUCAUGGUGUCUUCCUACGGAAUGCCCACGGCCAGGAGGUCCUUCUGCGUCCUAACAACCUCACCUGGCGGACAAUCGGUGGCAGUGUUGAUCUGUAUUUCUAUUCAGGCCCAUCACAACCAGAAAUUACUAAGAAUUACCAGCAAAGCACUGUUGGACUACCAGCAAUGCAGCAGUACUUCGCAUUUGGUUACCAUCAAUGCCGAUGGGGAUACAAUAAUUGGACGGAGAUGCAGGAAGUAGUGACAAAUUUCAAGAACUUUGAGAUUCCUCUGGAGACUAUCUGGUCUGAUAUCGACUACAUGAACCAGUAUCGCGAUUUCGAUAAUGAUCAGGUCCGAUUUUCUUACGGUGAAGCUGCAAGGUUCCUCGGACAGCUUCACCAGGAUGGCCAGCACUACGUUCCAAUUGUCGAUGCAGCAAUUUAUGUUCCUAACCCUGAGGAUGCUUCUGACGCCUAUCCUCCCUAUAACAGAGCAGGUGACAUCUGGUUGAAGAACCCUGAUGGAAGUCAGUAUAUUGGAGCCGUCUGGCCAGGCUACACUGUCUUUCCUGACUGGCACAAUCCAAACAGUAGUGACUGGUGGGCCAGUGAGUUGAUGUUGUGGCACCAGAAUGUGUCGUUUGAUGGCAUCUGGUUAGACAUGAAUGAGGUUUCGUCAUUCUGUGUUGGCAGCUGCGGUACAGGCAACCUUACUCUGAAUCCGGUUCACCCCCCCUUUCAGCUUCCAGGAGAGCCUGGAAACAUUAUCUACGACUAUCCAGAGUCUUUCAACGUGACGAAUGCUACCGAGGCUGCUUCUGCAUCUGCUGCAUCGUCCAGCCAAGCUGCGUCUGCCACAUCGGGUCCCACACCAACCUAUACUGGCUACUUGAAGACCACACCUACCCCUGGAGUUCGCAAUGUCAACUAUCCACCAUAUGUAAUUAAUCAUGUGCAAAAUGGUCAUGAUCUCGCCGUUCAUGCAGUUUCACCCAAUGCGACUCACGCGGACGGUGUCCAGGAAUAUGAUGUACACAAUCUCUAUGGUUACCAGCAAACAAACGCAACUUACAACAGUUUGAUGGAGAUCUUUCCAGGAAAGCGUCCAUUCAUCAUUGCUCGCUCCACGUUUGCAGGGAGCGGCAAAUGGGCUGGGCAUUGGGGUGGAGACAACGCUUCCAAGUGGGCUUACAUGUUUUUCUCCAUUCCCCAAGCACUAUCCUUCUCUCUCUUCGGUGUUCCCAUGUUCGGUGUUGACACUUGCGGCUUCAAUGGAAAUACCGAUGAAGAGCUCUGUAGUCGCUGGAUGCAGCUUUCUGCAUUCUUCCCCUUCUACCGCAACCACAAUGUCCUAUCUGCAAUUCCUCAGGAGCCAUACAGAUGGGCUUCCGUGGCCGAUGCAUCCAAGUCCGCGAUGAAGAUACGUUAUGCCAUUCUACCUUACAUCUACACUCUAUUCCACCUUGCGAGCACCAAGGGAUCGACGGUCAUGCGUGCUCUAUCUUGGGAAUUUCCCAAUGACCCAUCUCUAGCAGCAGUUGAGACUCAAUUUCUACUAGGACCUUCACUGAUGAUCGUUCCUGUGCUUGAGCCUCAGGCAAAUGUCACCAAAGGUGUAUUCCCUGGAGUCGGCACGGGUGAAGUCUGGUAUGACUGGUAUUCUCAGACAGCUUUCGAUGCGAAACCGGGUGUCAAUACCACUAUUAAAGCCCCGUUAGGCCACAUCCCCGUUUUUGUGCGGGGUGGAAGUGUCCUGCCGAUGCAACAACCUGCAUUGACCACUCGUGAUGUGCGAAAUAGUCCUUGGUCACUGUUGGUCGCUCUAAGCGGUCAAGGCACCGCCUUCGGUCAGCUCUAUGUUGACGAUGGAGAAAGCAUAACUCCUGAUGCAACGCUUAAUGUCGACUUUGCUGCAUCUCAUUCGACACUCACCGCUUCCAUGAAUGGUUCCUGGAAGGAGACUAACUCCCUGGCAAAUGUCACAGUGUUGGGGGUACAGAAAACGCCAUCAUCCGUUACCUUGAACGGCAAGCCGGUUUCGAAGAGUUCGGUAUCUUAUAAUGCAACCUCUCAAGUCCUAUUGGUCAAUGGACUGCAGGAUCUCACAAGUGCGGGGGCUUGGAGCAGCGACUGGACGCUGAAAUGGUAA